AUGGCAUGUCGUCUCAGCUCACAUGGUAUGUUAAGACUGAUUCAGCGCCAGCUAUGCACAGCAUCAAGAUUUACACACUGUCAUAUCCAUCAGUCGCAGUGGAAUGGAUUUCGGAUACAAAUAGCUGCACCUCUGAUAAUUCCAUCUCGACAGUUCUCAUCCGUUGAGACUUCGGCAUUGAGUGAAUCAAUCGAUGACGAUGAGCUUCAAAAACAUUUGAGUGUGGAAGAUGAAGCGAUGCUGAAUCAGCUUUUGGAGUACAAGAACCUUCACGGCGACUGCCAUGUGCCAUCAGGAAGGGGGUCGUUUGCCAUGCUCGAACGAGAACGUCUUGGAGGAGUUUCCGAUGACCUUGCGGAAUGGGUACGAAAGCAGAGAACCUUGUAUCGAUCCGCGCAACGUCAAAAGGGAAAGCUCUCAGAAGCACAGCAGAUCAGGUUUCUAACUUUGGAAUCCCUCGGGUUCAUGUGGUCGGAUCGAGAUGCCCAAUGGCAACGUCAGUUCAACAGGCUAGAGCGAUGGGCGUUGGAGAAUGAUGGAAGUCAUGAGGUUGACAGAGAUUCAGAUCCACAACUAGCUAGAUGGGUAGAAAAACAACGAAAAGAAUUUCAACAGGGAAAGAUGACACAAGCUCGGGUAGACCUCUUGGAGGAAUUGAAUUUUGUGUUUAGUUUGAGGGACGCAAAAUGGUGGGAGUUUUAUGACAAGCUUCUAGUCUACAAGGAAGAGUGGGGACACACAAUGGUUCCCGCAGACUAUGAUGCUGAUCCACAAUUAGGACACUGGGUGUCCCGCCAACGACAGAGGAGGCAAUCAGGAUUGGAAGAGGAUCGAAUACAAGCUUUGGACGACAUUGGUUUCUCGUGGGAUGUCCUGAGUGAUACAUGGGACAAAAACUAUGCGGACCUUUGCGAUUUCUACGCCAAGAAUGGACACACUCGAGUGCCCACAUCAUCCCCCCUUUGGAGUUGGGUGGAUCGACAAAGGCGCACCUUAAGACAGCUCGGGCUGGACGAAUCAGAAAGCUUUGAUGCUGUCCAAAAGAUUGAGAAACUAAACAAAAUGGAUUUCGGCUGGAACGAUACCGAAGGCCUGGGGGAAGACGAUGAUACUACACAUAUGCGCGCAAAGAAACUACUGGAACUCCCUUUCCAAGCUGCAGUAUAUGAUGACACUUGGGUUCAGCAUUUUCAAGAACUCUGCGAAUUCCAAUCCAAGCACGGCCACUUUGCGAUCCCCUAUACUGGCCCAUAUUCUGAUCUAUCCAACUGGGUGCGACACCAAAGGUACCUAUUCAAACGCGACAAGCUCCCCGAAGAGAGAAUAGCGGCACUGGAUGGGAUUGAAUUUGCUUGGACGGCACAUACAGCACGAUGGGAUCGAAUGUUCGAAGAGCUGGUGCGUUUUCACGCUGAAAAUGGCCACGCUAGAGUAUCACCAAGAAACAGUGAAUUGUAUCGAUGGACUCUCCAGCAACGUCGUGUUUUGAGAGCCAAGAAGGAAGGCGAUCCAGACUACCAAGUAUUGCCAGGCGAUCGAGAAGACCGAAUACUGGAAUUGGAGAGACUAUUUUUCGAGGGAAAAGAGUCGUCCUAA